CGCACUGCCUUAAAAAAACAGAGAAAUAAGUUUCUCAUUCAAGUGUCAAGUGCAGCUUUAAUCUGGAGGUUAGGUGCGGCUGUGUGCCAUUGAAGCUGUGACAUCUACACAACAUCAACACUUGAUUGGAGGCAUGAAGAUCGCUUCAUUCAAUGUACGGAGGUUUGGACUUGCAAAAGUCUCAGAUCCAGAUGUCCUAUCAAUUCUGGUUAAGAUUGUGUCUCAAUACGACAUCAUAUUGAUUCUGGAGGUCGUGGAUCUAAGUGGAGAUUCUGUUAAACUGUUCUUGAAAGAACUGAACAGGGUCAACACAACCCAUCACUAUGCUCUACAGAUCAGUAGCCGCUUGGGAAGGAACAGAUACAAGGAGCAAUUUCUGUUUCUCUACAGGGAUGAUGUGGUCAGCUUGGUUGACUCCUAUCAAUAUGAAGACAACCAGGUGAACGACAUGGACGCUUUUGCAAGGGAGCCGUAUAUUCUCCACUUCAAACCACACAACACAGUGCUGAAGGAUGUGGUGCUGAUCCCGGUGCACACCAAACCAUCGGACUCAGAGAAAGAGCUGGACGAGCUGUACGAGGUCGUCCUGAUGGUCAAAGAUAAAUGGAAAACUGAUAACAUAAUGAUCCUGGGGGACUUCAAUGCAGAUGGUGCAUAUGUCACACAUAAAGAAAUGAAGGAGAUCCGUAUUCGCAGCAACAAGAAUUUCCACUGGCUGAUUGGUGAUGACAUGGACACCACUGCAAAUACAUCAAAUGAUCACACCUACGACAGGAUUGUUGUGUAUGGAGAAGACAUGCUGGCAGCCAUUGUGCCAAACUCAGCCAAGCCUUUUAAUUUCCACACAGAGUUUGAUAUGACAGAAGAAAUGGCCCUGAGAGUGAGCGAUCACUACCCUGUUGAGGUAGAAUUACGAAGCGCUCCUCCUUUCUGGAUGGCAAAGAGCAACCAAAGAUGCUCCAACGCUGAUACCCAGCAAGCAUCUGUUAACACAACUGUCACAGAGAGUUUACAGGUUGAUGUGCUGAAACUGCAGAAAGAAAACCUCCUGCUGCUACAAGAAAAACUUCAACUUCAGAUUUCCUUAUUAAAACACCGACUUGGCAAACUGGAACUGGAAGAAUGACCAGUAGAUCUCAAAUGCUUCUGGUUUUACUAAGCUAUUUUUGUGUUUCAUCAUCAUUUGUAUGUAGAACUGAUAUUGCAAAAUAAAUUAAUAAUGGUUUGGUCCCAUAA